AUUUGAUUGAUAUGAUGAAAUGCAUAAGUAGACAUAAUUACAAAAAUAAUUGAGUUAGAUUAUAAAUUGAAAAGAUAAUAUAUAUAUAAAUGUAAAAGAAUUAAAUUAUAUACUCUUAGGGGUAAGAGAAAAGGUCAUUUUGUUAACGUUUGUGUUGUUGUUUUGAGUAUUUGAAAAAGAAUGCAUAGUAGAUGAAUAAAUAUCAUCCAGAAAUAGAUACUCCAAAAUCAUCAUUUAUUGUAUGAGAUGUAGAUGUAAUAUAGGGUUAAAGAAAGAUAAUAGUAUUAGAUUUAGAUGAGACAUUGGUACAUAGUUAAUUCGAGCACUUUGAUUGUCAUGAUUUAUCAUUUGAUGUAUGUUAAAUAUUAGAGUUUAGAUUGUUGUAUAAUAGCAAAACUUCAAGGUUUAUGUAAUUAUUCGUCCAGGAGUGAAGUAAUUUAUAGAGUAGCUGAAUAAUUUCUAUGACAUAAUUUUUUGGACUGCUAGUUUAAAGGAAUAUGCUAUACCAGUAAUGGAUUAUAUUGAUCCAGAUAGAAAAGCAGUAGAAAGAUUAUUUAGAGAGAGUUGUACACCUUUAAAUAAUGGUUUAACAAAGGAUUUAACAAAGUUGGGAAGAGAUCUUAAAGAUGUAAUAAUAGUUGAUGUAUACAUAUAUUAAAUAAUUAGAAUUCAGUAUUCUCAUUUAUUAUGAACAAUGAAAAUGGUUUAAAGAUUAAGGAUUUUUUUUAUGACAAAUUAGAUAACGAAUUAGAAAAUCUAUUGCCUUUCUUAAUUUGGAUAUAAUAAGUAUGGUGAUGAACUACUAAAUAAGUAAUCUGAUGUAAGACCAGUAUCAAUUAAAUAUGGAGAGUUUUAGAGAAGUAAGA